CCUAAUAUCAUAUCUUACUAUCUUCUAACGACUUAUAAUUGCGAAUGUUAUUGUCUAAAUCUACAGAUUCCCUCAGAAAACACAGUAAAGUUUAAUUCUCCUCCUCUCCCCCUCAGUGGGCUCUCCAUCACGGAGUUUUCGGGUUGUACUCUUUGUUCUGCUGCUCUCUCAGCUCAGCAGGCAAACACAUCUCUGUUCAGUGUGCAGCUGCAGCCGGCAGGCCCCGCUCGUCCUCCUCCUCCUCCCCCUGCUGCUCCAACAGGCCGCGCAGGCGCAUUGGCUCUUCUGUGCGCUCUACUGUUUGCAUUGUGUCUGAACUGCCGGCGAGCUUUAAAAAUAUUAUACCAACCGCGGCAAUGUCGGGCAGGUCGGUCCGAGCUGAGACCCGGAGCAGGGCGAAAGAUGACAUCAAGAGGGUUAUGGCCGCUAUUGAGAAAGUACGAAAAUGGGAGAAGAAAUGGGUGACGGUCGGAGACACGUCCCUUCGCAUCUACAAGUGGGUCCCGGUGACGGAGCCGAAAUCAGACGACAAGAACAAAAAUAAGAAGAAGGGUAAGGACGAUAAAUACGGCUCCGAGGUGACGACUCCGGAGAACAGCUCCUCUCCAGGGAUGAUGGACAUGCAUGAUGACAACAGUAACCAGAGCUCCAUCGCCGACUCGUCCCCAGUGAAGCAGGAAAACAGCUGUAGCACCAGCCCCGCCCUGGAGUCCAACGCCGCGUCUCUCCGCGACAACGGCGAGGCCAAGACUGACCAGAGCCCAGACAGCAAGAGAGGGAAGAGCAUCCCUACAUCAGAGACCUCAGAGCGAGCACAAAGUGCCAAGAGAGACAGUCUGUCCUCAGGGGAGAAGGAUUCCUCAGACAGCAAAGCCACUCAGGAUCUACAGGAGGAGACCCCGCCCAGCAAGAAAAGCAAACUGGAGUCCUCAUCUCAGGACUUUGAGGAGAGCUAAAUGUUUUGGGCUGAGUCAUUCUCUCCUUCACCUUCCUGUCUCCCUUCCUCUGUACCUCCUCCCAUUAACUCUAGAUGAUUUAGGGCUAAUGGACACACCGGCUCUCCUCUUAGAUUGUUUUUUUUUUAAUUUUUUUUAUUUCCCCUCCCUGCUCUUCAAAACCAAGGGGAGAACGGACGUCUCUCUUCCUUAUCGCUGUUUCCCACUUCCCGUUUCGCCACCUUUACCCAAACACUCCCCCCUGCCACCGAGGGAGGAUGGAUAUUACCUCUUGUUCAGUGGUUCCCCCUCCGUGCUUCCUUCCAGUCCUCCACAUUUUGUUUUGCCAAGAGAAGCGCCAGACCCAAGCUUCGGGACAGCGCCGGCAGCUCAGCCCAGCCACCGCCAGACCAGAACACAAACCCCGACCCGCUUCUGUGACUUAAAGAGCUCUGAGAUUAGGACGAGACCGAUCGCAGACGCUGCUCUGAGAUCACUCUUUUGUUUCACUGCUAACGGUUUAGCUCAGGAUAAGUCAAGGGGCUAACCUGGUCUCAGAUCAGUGGCUGUGGCAGCCCCCGUCCCCCCACCAACCCCGAAGGCCACGUCUCGCUUUCAAUCCUCCCGAUUCGCCUCCUGCUAGACUAAUGUUCUCUUUUGUUUAGGGAAUGUUUAGUUAUAUCUUUUUCUUUUUUUUUCUCCCUCAGGAGGGUCAAUGCACUGUUAUGGUAUGUCACAAUCGAUCACAGAUAGAUUUGCUGCUGUAGUGGAUGUCUUUUAUCUCUAUC